AUGCACCCUCACCCUACUGGAGGACCAGACCCAUCCGUUUUACCUUCAUCAGCUGAACUUGAAAUGCCUCGAAAGAAACAAAAAAUCGAGUGUGGGCCACCAAACCCACCGACCGAUGGUUCAUACAAAAAUCACGACACAAUCGUGCAGAUGAUGUGCAAACGGCUGAUGAGGCAAAGGGUCAAUGCUGCGGUAGCGAAAGUCGAUUUUGAUAUCAUGGCCGUGUUCUUAAUGCAGGAAUUUCCUAAUCUGGAUAUCGACACAAUCGUUACGCAUGUCAGAAAGGCAUUUUCCCGAGCUGCUCCGCAAACCAUGCUACAAAACCAGAUCCGAGAUUCUGCCAAUGAGGUCGAAAAAACAAUCCUAGACUACAAGGCGGCAAACGUUACCACGGAUAUACCUAAGAAACCUUUCUGCCUUCGAUACCCGAAUCUCUCUUGCGUCUUGCAACUCGCCAAAGAACUCGAACAGAAAUGUACGCCCUUGGACGGUACCAGGAUGGUUAUUUUGUUGGACGAGUCCGACAGGUGUUGUGGGGUUGGUAUUCCUCCGGUGGAAAAGAAUCCCAAUAAUGUUCAUCCGACUUUUGAGGAUGUUGCUGUAAAAAGCCUUGAAAAUCUUGUAUCAAAGCUUUCAUUCUCACCAAGAACAAAAGAAAUGGUAAUUUCGGACGAUCCAGUCUUAUCCCCUCCAAAGACUCCCUACCCCCUCGAUGACAUGAGCGAGGUCACAGAAGUCCCAUUGGCCAUCAAAGAAGAAAUUGUGGCUUCCUUGGUGUCAUUCCAAAAAUAUGGAUAUGCCCCGGAGAGUGAGGAAUCACACCGCUUCUUGGAUCUCAAGCUACCGCACACUACUGAACAGAUCAAAAUGGAGGAAAUGCAGGGCAUCAAUCUUUGUUGGAAAGAGGAACAGCCUCCAGUGCUUCCAUAUUCCCAUGGAAUGAGUCCACCAAAUUCCAUAUUGAAUCCAAGUGAAUUGUUGGGAAGUGGUUUGGAUUACUAUCUUCUUUUAUCUUAUUGGAUCAACAAAUCUUUUCUUCCUCAAGCUGCUUCCAUUGCUGAAAAAAGUUUUGAAUACUUGAUCAAGCAUGGAAGCAAUUGGAUUCAGAAGGAUUUGGAGAAAGAACUCAACCCCAUUCUUGCCUCACGGGCUAUCAGUUUUAAUAGUCAAUUUCAGACACACCGAGAUCCAGAAAAUGGGUUUUUGUUUGAUGCAGUUGUUUCAAUUGGUAAUCAUUGUGGUGGCGACCUAAUCCUUCCAGCUUUAGGGGUUGCUUAUCCUGGUGGUUCUGGAUACUCCUUUCAUGGUCCCCUCCGGAUACUUUGGCAUGGCCUUGGGCAAAUUUACUUCAGCAAAGACACCAAAAAUCCUCUUCACUUUUCUGUUGCUUUAUCAAGCCAAGCAUCCUCAUUUUCUGGUGUUGCCAGGGUUGCUGCUUUUGAGCAUGGAAAUCAGGAAUUCCAGGACCCUUCUUACUGGUUGCCAAUUUAUCCAAAAUAUGUAGGAGAAGAAACUGAGAAGAUUUGGGCACUUCAACAAGCCAUUAUGCGGAAAAAUAAGAGAAGUGGAAAAAAAUGA